GGCACACCCUCACUAGGAGUAUGCCCGAUCAUGGAUCACAUCAAUAAUUCGGCUCGCUUUUCACGAUCUUUUUUUCACGAUCUUUUUUUUUCACGAUCUUUUUUCGUACCCACUUGAAGAAUGGAUUGUCGCCCUGGGUAUGUCCUACUUAUACCUCGCAUGCCUCACUCGUAAUGCAUUCCAUCGCCCACUCCUUCUGUUUCAACGCUCCUUUUUACCUUUUGACCUUUUUAUACAUCGUCGUUCCUUUUUCUAGUUCCUAGUUAUAGCUCCAUUCAUUACAAAAUGUUCUUUCCACUGCUCUCCUUAACCACCCUCGCCUUCUCAACAGGCACAGCAGCUGCCCCAGCCCCAGACCAAGCCCUAACCCGCGCCAUCAGCGCCGCAAACACGCUACAAUCAUGGUACAACAGCGCAACCGGAACCUGGGAUACAUGCGGGUGGUGGAACGGGGCAAACUGCAUGACGACGCUGGCGAACCUCGCCGCGCUCGACCUCGACGACGGAACCAGGGGCAUCGCCGAGGGCGUCUUCCAGAAUACAUUUGUCGUCGCGCCCAACGUCAACCCGUACCCUGAGCGAGGGGCCGCGGUCAAGUACACGUCGAAGAACGGGAAGGCGUUUGAGGAUCAGCACCAGGAUGAAGGGGAUGUUCCCACCGGCGCGGCCAAUGCGUCGCUGUGGUUGGAUGGAUCUUAUGACGACGAUGCCUGGUGGGGGCUUGCGUGGGUCGCUGCGUAUGAUGUUACAGGGCAGAAGGAUUAUCUGGACCUGGCCGAGGGGUUGUUCUAUCACCUGAGCAACUCGUGGCCCUCCAAGUGCGGCGGCGGCAUCGACUCCGACUCCACACACGUCUACGUCGGCGCAAUUGCCAACGAGCUCUUCCUCGCCCUGGCUGCUGGUCUGGCGAACCGCGCCGACGACAGCGCGUACUACCUCGACUGGGCGAAGCGCCAAUGGACCUGGUUCUCCGACAUCGGGUUCAUCAACGACGAGUACACCAUCAACGACGGACUGAUGGACGACUGCACUAACAACGGCGAUACAGUGUGGACGUAUAACCAAGGCGUUAUCCUCGGCGGUCUGGUCGAGCUGCACCGUGCCUCAGGGGCCGACUCAGACAACUCGACGUAUCUCGACGAGGCCGCGAAGAUCGCCAAGGGCGCCAUCGCCGCAUUAACAGACGACGACCACGUCGUGCGGGAAUCCUGCGAGCCGGAUGGCUGCGGCGCGGACCAGACGCAGUUCAAGGGCAGUUUUAUCCGUAAUCUGAGGGCGCUGCAUGCGGUUGCGCCGGAUGAUGCCUAUGCAGAGGUGAUUAAGGCUUCGGCGGACAGUCUUUGGAAGAAUGAUCGUACGGACGGUGAUAAGUUUGGCGUUAACUGGUCUGGCCCUGUUGAUGGUGACAAGGUCGAUGCCUCGACGCAUAGCUCUGCGAUGGAUGCACUGGUUGCUGCCAUCCAGGCGUGAUUAUGAUUUAUGAUUGUAUAUACAUAUAGAUAUAGACCGUUUGCCUAACGAACCUCUGCAGCGUUUGUCAACGGAAUGUCACAUUCUUUAUAGCUGGCUGUGUCUGCUGAAAUCCUACCAAAAU